CAGAGCUCUCUUCUCGUACUGGCGUCAUAUGUUUAGGACGCACAAUUUUGAAUAACUUAUUCUUCCAACAAAAAUCACCAUGCCAGGAUUCCAACAGAGAGUGAUGGGUGGCCCUAUGGGAUACAACAGGGGCCCUGGGCGCUAUGGUGGUGGUGAUGGAGAAAGUGAGCCAGACCCAGAGCAGUUCCACAAGCUUUUUAUUGGAGGCUUGAGCUUUGAGACAACUGAGGCCAGUCUUAAGGAAUAUUUUUCAAAGUGGGGCGAAAUCAAAGACUGCAUUGUCAUGCGGGAUCCACAGUCAAAAAGGUCCAGAGGUUUUGGCUUUAUCAAGUACAAAUUGAAGGAAAGUGUAGAUGAUGUCCAAAAAGACAGACCCCACAAAAUUGAUGACCGUGAUGUUGAGACAAAACGUGCCAUGCCAAGAGAUGAUCCCUGCCUCACCUCCCAACAAUCAGUGAAGAAAAUGUUCGUUGGAGGCCUGAAGGAAGACACUAAAGAAGACAUGAUCAGAGAUGUCUUCGCCGAGUUUGGUGAGAUUGAACUGAUCGAACUCAUCACAGAUAAGGGCACCGGAAAAACGAAAGGAUUCUGCUUUGUCACUUUUAACGAUUAUGAUCCAGUAGACAAGCUUGUUUUGAAGAAAAGGAUCAGCUUGAAUAACAAGAUGGUGGAGCUGAAGAAAGCAUUUGCCAAGGGUGAGGGUGACCCAAGGAUGGGAGGAGGCAGAGUGGGCAUGGGGGGCAUGGGCAUGCCCAUGGGUAGAGGAGGUCGUGGAGAUUAUGGAUAUGGCCAUGGGUUUCCCGGUGGAUAUGGUGGUUAUGGACCAGGAUAUGGUGGCGGCUACGGACCAGGGUGGCAAGGGGGGUACAAUGAUUUCCCCAGCUACGGACAUCAUCAUCAUCAGGGAAAUCAACGAGGAUAUGGUGGGAACAACUACGGUGCAGGCAACAACUAUGGGGGUGGAUUCAACAGACGAUGAUGAGCAGUGCUCGUCUUUAUUUUUCUCAGGCAGGUUCAUUGGCAUAAAAGUUGAGAAAGGCAGACAGGCGGGAUUGCGAGCGUGAGGUCUAGUUUCUAGUCGGACCUGUGAGAAAGUUAUUGUAUGCCUGCGAGCAAUGUUUAGCAGCAGAAUUAUACCUCAGGAGAGCAUGCAGUUGCUAGUAUGACUGUGCACGGUGGCUAACGUGCGUGUGCAUGUGUGUGUGUGCUUGUGUAUGACUAGAACAUGGAGGGGAAGAAACAAUUCCCCUACCACUCCCCCCCAUACCCCCCAAAAGGCAGCACAGCAGAACUAGACUAUCCACUGCAGAAGGGCCCCCCCGGAUGAUAAGACGGGAAACCUAUCAGAUGCAAGGAAUGAUGGACACGGGACAGUUGACUGAGUGUGUGCAGACCAAUCCUCUGUUGGACUUUCACGAGGACAAAGAACGAACAGUUUUAUAUAAUAUAUAAAUUGGCAUUAUUUUCUCCAUUCAUGUCUGGCGUGGGGAUGAAACAUGAAAAGUUCCCCCCGCAUUGCAAGCAGGUCUAUGCGGUCAGUGACGAACUGAAGCCACAUUGAGGACAGGGCGUGAACGACGGGAGUUGUGACCUGUUGACCUAUGCAAUGUUGAGACCUUGGGCUGGUGUGUGCCCGUGUAUUCACAGAUUCUGAAUCAAAAGCAAGAUUGUUAAAUCUUUUAAAAUUGUUUUAAAUUUUAAACAUAAAUUUUGCUGGGAAUGGGCAAGCAAAAACAAACCCCAAAAAAUUAUAAAACCGCCGUUUGUGUCACCAGGAGGAAUGACAUUGGUCUGACAGAAGGCAUUUUCAUCCAUCCACGUCAUGUGCUAGGUAUUUUUUGUUCGGGGAAUAAGAUCUAGGUUGUUAUAAUCUUUCUAAGGUGCAGGUGAAUUCUGUGUCACAGGAAUGGUCAAAUCUAGUAAGACAUUAUGAAGCAAAGAUGUAAGCAGCACUCUCAUUUCUCAAAGCAGGGUAUUCAAAGUAUUUUAGUUUGCAAAUUCAUCCAUUUAUGUUUACAUUCCAUAUUUGCAUUUUAUAUUUACACCUAUUUAAUUCACCAUUACCAUGUCCAUCAUCACCCAUAGCAUAAAAGCCACUUAUUUACAUACAAUUAAUGUGUUCAGCUUUUAUCUGCAUAGAUAAACUGUGAAUUUUUUUGCUUUUUUGAAGAAGAAAAAAACGAUAUUCAUCUAUUUCUACUCAUGCAUGUAUAUCAUAGGGUACUCAUCGGGAAGGAUAUGAUUAUUUACAUCUUUACCAUGGCUGCAAUGUUGGUGGAAAGCUAUGAGUAAAUGCUCUUUUUAAAAAUCCCUAACACUUUGGUAAUAGGAUGUCUGCUUACAUCUUUGCUUCUGGGCCAAGAUAGAACGUUUCUCAAGCUAAUGGCAACUGUUGACCGGGCGUUAGACUACAUUCUUCUUCACUCCUAGCAUGGCAAGAUCUAUCCCUCAGCACAGUGUGCCCCAGGGCAAUACGUUAAGUGAUGGUUGUGUUCAACUAAAGUUUGGAAAUGUUAAAAUUUAUGUGCUUCAAUCCCAGAAAUCAAUUUGAGAACCUGAGUUCUCUUUUGAUUUCUUUAUUUGUGGACUUGCUUUGUCUGUGUUUGGCUGAAGUGGUUUUUGCUGUAAAAUUGAGAAGCACUAGUUUGGGUCAAGCAUCAUCAUUUAGUGACCCCUGCCUUGGGCCACAUUGUGUUUAUUGCGACAAGGAUCAGGUUCUAGUUUAGUUUGUGGGGCCGUCGCCUCCCUCCUACCCCAAAGCCUAUUCUUCCGGUCUGCCACCCUCUCAAAGGGUAUGAAGAAAAUAGAAAGUGAACAAUAGGGCUCAUGGAUUGAUACCAAUCCCCGAUAUUUUACUUUUGAUUCAUCCCUUGAUUUUGGGCAUUAUGCAUUGUUUUUUUAAAUAAUUUUAUGGCUUCACAUGAACUAAGUUUUGUUCAUCAAAUUUGGCAAAUGAAAUGUGUUCCCAUUUAUUUGCAAUUUUAGCAAAAUGUUUUUGUUGUUUCUUUUACAAGCUGAUGAAAAUGCUGGAAAUUUGUCCCAUGAAAUUAUUCUAUUCUUACAUUCUGUGAAAAUGUUUGAAUUGUGAAAUUUCUUUUGCAAUUUUAUAUUUGUUACCUCUUUCUACCCAAAGCUGUUGCUUACUUUCUUCUUUUCUUCAUAAUUAGGGCUCUAUAGCGGUAUUGGUAGGGUGAAUUUGCUUGAGAAAAAAAAAUACGCUUUCAAUCAGGUAGUAGUAGCAGUUAAUCAUCAGUCGUCAUUUUAUUUUAUUUUUAGUGUCAGUGUAUUCAGCCUGUUAUUGUUUGAAUUUUUUUUUUCUUACGUGUAAUAAGUUUGUAGUAGAGAUAAAUGUCCAGUUUUAUAUUUUUUGUCCUUGUGGGCAAAAACAAAAACACAAAAAGAGAAAAAAAAACUACGAGCUGAAUAAACCUGGAGCUCUCUGGUA